GCGCGCGCGUUGUUGGGCGCUGUGGGGAGCGGGCGGCGCUGAGGGGAGGAAGGAGCCAAGAUGGUUCUGGAGAGCACCAUGGUGUGCGUGGACAACAGCGAGUACAUGCGGAACGGGGACUUCCUGCCGACGCGGCUGCAGGCGCAGCAGGACGCCGUCAACAUCGUGUGCCACUCCAAGACGCGCAGCAACCCCGAGAACAACGUGGGGCUCAUCACCCUGGCCAAUAACUGCGAGGUGCUGACCACGCUGACCCCGGACACCGGGCGCAUCCUGUCCAAGCUGCACACGGUGCAGCCCAAGGGCAAGAUCACCUUCGGCACCGGCAUCCGCGUGGCGCACCUGGCGCUGAAGCACCGGCAGGGCAAGAACCACAAGAUGAGAAUCAUCGCCUUCGUGGGCAGCCCCGUGCACGACAGCGACAAGGACCUGGUGAAGCUGGCCAAGCGCCUGAAGAAGGAGAAGGUCAACGUGGACAUCAUCAACUUCGGGGAGGAGGAGGCCAACACGGAGAAGCUGACGGCGUUCAUCACGGCGCUCAACGGCAAGGACGGCAGCGGCUCCCACCUGGUGACGGUGCCGCCGGGGCCCAGCCUGGCCGACGCCCUCAUCAGCUCCCCCAUCCUGGCGGGCGAGGGCGGCGCCAUGCUGGGGCUGGGCGCCUCCGACUUCGAGUUCGGCGUGGAUCCCAGCGCUGACCCCCGACUGGCUCUGGCCCUGCGCGUGUCCAUGGAGGAGCAGCGGCAGCGGCAGGAGGAGGAGGCGCGCAGGGCGGCCGCGGCCUCGGCGGCGGAGGCCGGCAUCGGAGCCACGGGCGGAGAUGAGUCGGACGAGGCCCUGCUCAAGAUGACCAUCGGGCAGCCGGACUUCGGCCGCGCGGGGCUGCCGGACCUGAGCUCCAUGAGCGAGGAGGAGCAGAUCGCCUACGCCAUGCAGAUGUCCCUGCAGGGCGCCGAGUUUGCCCAGGCCGAGGCGGCCGAGGUGGACAGCGGGGCGGCCAUGGACACCUCCGAGCCCGCCAAGGAGGAGGACGACUACGACGUGAUGCAGGACCCCGAGUUCCUGCAGAGCGUGCUGGAGAACCUGCCCGGCGUGGACCCCAACAACGAGGCCAUCCGCAACGCCAUGGGCUCGCUGGCCUCGCAGGCGCACCGCGAGCAGGGCCGCGAGCAGCGGGAGCAGCACCGCGAGCACCGCGGGGACAGGAAGGACGAGGAGAAGAAAUGA